AUGUCCUGCCAGCAAAGCCAGAAGCAGUGCCAGCCUCCUCCCAAGUGUCCCCCCAAAUGCCCACCCAAGAGCCCAUGUCCAGUUUCCUGCUGUAGCUCCAGCUCCGGGUGCUGCUGCAGUUCUGGGGGCGGCGGUUGCUGCCUGAGCCACCACAAGCCCCGGCGAUCACUUCGACGCCGCAGCAGCAGCAGCUGCUGCUGUGGCAGUGGGCAGCAAUCCGGUGGAUCCGGCUGCGGCUCCAGUUCCACCGGCUGCUGCUGCUUCCCAAGGAGGCGUCGCCGGCAGCGCAGUGGUUGCUGUUCCUGCUGCAGCGGCAGCCAGAGGUCCCAGCGCUCGGGCAUCCAGAGCUCCGGCUGCUGCUCCGGCGGCUGUUGA